ACAAGUCAGGCUCAGUCAAAGGAGUCUAGCUAGAAGGUGAAUUUCUCCUCAAGGGUGACUUUCACUAAACCCUGGCCUAGCAAGACUGCCUCUGACCUGACCAUGUAUCCCAAUCCUCUCAUCUACUGUACCUGCUGGGACCCCUGGAACUUGGGACCACGGAAGCUAAUCAAGACCCCUCAUCCACUUCCAAAGCCCCCCAUGGGGAAGUCUAAGCCAAUUUUCCCUUCAACAAUUUCAAAAGAAGGCAACUACUUCCUGCCCCUACCAGCAAAAUCUACUGUUUCCCCAAAAGACAAAGCCCAGUCAGGAAAGACAGAGAACAGAAGCAAAGCACCUUCUGAAGUAAUUGAGGUGUCACCUGGCUAUAAACUCGUUCGAAAUCGGGAACAGAUUUCAGUCACCUUGGGAGAUGAGAUGUUCAAUAGGAAAAAAAGCUUGGCAUCGGAUGUCUUGAGCAAAGUCAAAAUUUCCAGGACUGAUAUCAUUUCUGACCUUGAGGAGCAGAUCUCUGAAUUGACAGCAAUAAUAGAACAGAUGAACAGAGACCACCUGAAUGCCCAGAAACUGCUCUCAAACGAGAUGGAUCUCCGCUGUGCUGACAUGAAACAGAAGUUUGAAACUGAGAGCAGGGAACUCAAAGAGACUCACAGAGAGGAGCUUGAGAAGUUAGAGAAUAGCUACAAGGAAGCCUUGAAGAUAGAAAAGGCCACUGCCCAAGAGAAACUAGAUGAGAUGGGCAAAGAAUAUAAGUAUCUGAAGAACAUGUUUCACAUGUAUCAGGAUAGCAUUUACGAUGAAAUGGAAGACAAGUGGUCCAGGCGGAAGGCAGAAUGGGAGAAGGAUGAGAAGAUGGAACGGGAAAAGAUCCUGUUACAACAAAAACAUAGGAUAACAAAAAAGUUUGAGUUAGAGUCGGAAGAAGAAAAGAAGAAAAUGAAUGAGUCCUUCAGUGCUAUUUUUGAGAACUUCACUCGAGAGAAAGAGGCACUCAUAAGACAACAUAACGAAGAUCUCCUGCAGAUGCAGGAGCUGAGAAAAUCCAAAGAGAUCUUGGAGGCUGAGUUACGGACACAAGCUAUUGUUCUGGAGACCCUGAACACAAACCUUUACCAGUGCCAGAUAGAACUCCAGAGAGAGAAAGCAAUAGCAGGAAAUCUAGAGAAAUUGUUCCAGACGAAGCUUGCGGAAGCUGAAGACAAGUAUAAGCACACCAUACAGAUCCUGACAGAAGAAAAUAACUGCCUCAGAUCUUAACCACAAAUGAGGAAACUUCUGAAGAAAGAUCUGAGAAGUCGUUCCCUGCCAGUCCCAAUGUGUAUGAGUCUGACGUUCCUGAACUCAACAGCAACAAAAAGCAUGCCAUGUCAUAGGUAACAAACUGUUCCUGUGGCUGAGCAACACUGCCCUGGGAAGCUACGGACUUUUUCUCUCGAGACUUUUCUGGAGAGAUGCACGGGCAAGGUUGAGUUCUUAAAUUGUUCUGAUGCUACUUUUGUCUUUUUUUCAUAAUUUGCUUUCUUCAGAAUGGUUACAAAUGUUUGACUUUUUACCCCAAUUAUAUCAUGGCUCUCCGUUG